AUGAAAAUAACCAUACUAUUAAACACAUCCAUACCACUAAUUCUCCUCACUCUCCUCACCCCAAUCAUCCUGCCUCUCCUAUUCAACUUCAAAAACUCCCCACAAUCAAUCACCAAAACAAUUAAAACCGCCUUCUUAAUCAGCCUUAUUCCACUAACCAUUUUCAUUUACUCAGGAAUAGAGAACAUUACUAUCCUCUGAGAAUGACACCCCAUUCAAAACUUCAAAAUCCCCAUCUCCCUUAAAAUAGACCUAUACUCCGUAACAUUCUUCCCUAUCGCACUAUUCGUUACCUGAUCCAUUCUGGAAUUCGCAACAUGAUACAUAGCCUCCGAACCAUUUAUCACAAAAUUCUUCACCUUCCUUCUCAUCUUCCUUAUUGCCAUACUGACAUUAACCGUCGCAAACAACAUAUUCCUCUUAUUCAUCGGAUGAGAAGGAGUAGGUAUCAUAUCAUUUCUCCUCAUCGGCUGAUGACAGGGGCGAGCCGAAGCCAACACAGCCGCACUACAGGCAAUAAUCUAUAACCGAAUCGGAGAUAUUGGCCUCAUCCUAAGCAUAGCAUGACUCGCCUCAACUAUAAACACCUGAGAAAUCCAACAAGCCAUCCAAUCAAACCAAACACCCACCCUCCCCCUCCUCGGCCUAAUCCUAGCCGCCACAGGCAAAUCAGCCCAAUUUGGCCUCCACCCAUGACUACCGGCAGCAAUAGAAGGUCCAACUCCAGUCUCCGCUUUACUUCACUCCAGCACCAUAGUAGUCGCCGGAAUCUUUCUACUCAUUCGAACCCACCCCCUCUUAACCUCAAACAAAAUUGCUUUAACAACAUGCCUAUGCUUAGGCGCCUUAUCCACUCUAUUCGCCGCCAUCUGUGCCCUCACUCAAAACGAUAUCAAAAAAAUCAUCGCCUUCUCCACCUCAAGCCAACUAGGCCUCAUAAUAGUCACUAUUGGACUUGACCUUCCCCAACUGGCCUUUCUCCACAUUUCAACUCAUGCCUUCUUCAAAGCCAUAUUAUUCCUAUGCUCCGGCCUAAUCAUCCACAACCUUAAUGGUGAACAAGAUAUCCGUAAAAUGGGCUGCCUACAAAAAACCCUCCCAACAACUACCUCUUGCCUAACCAUCGGCAACCUUGCCCUAAUAGGCACCCCAUUCUUGGCCGGCUUUUACUCAAAAGACUUAAUUAUCGAAAACUUAAAUACCUCAUACAUCAAUACCUGAGCCCUCCUACUUACACUCCUAGCCACAUCCUUCACUGCAACCUAUAGUCUACGCAUAACCCUGCUAGUUCAAACAGGAUACAACCGAACCAUAACGAUCACCCCAAUCAACGAAAAUGCACCUUCAGCCAUCCUGCCAAUCAUCCGAUUGGCCUUAGGAAGCAUCAUAGCAGGCCUACUGAUCUCAUCCCUUAUCCUCCCUACAAAAACACCCCCAAUAACCAUACCACCCGUCACGAAAACCGCCGCUAUCAUCGUCACAACCCUAGGAAUUAUCCUAGCUCUAGAACUCUCAAAUACAACACACACACUCAUCCCCCCAAAACAAAACCCCCUCAUAAACUUUUCCUCCCUACUAGGCUAUUUCAACCUUCUAACCCAUCGAACCCAACCCUCAAUCCUCCUUCAUUCCGGACAAAAAAUUGCCUCCCACCUAAUUGACAUAGCAUGAUAUAAAAAAAUUGGUCCCGAAGGCCUUGCCAGCCUCAACCUCAUCAUAAGCAAGACCUCUACCUCAUUCCACACAGGCUUAAUCAAAUCCUACCUAGGAUCAUUUGCUCUUACAAUCCUCAUAACAAUCCUUCUCACCCAAAAAUAA